AUGCACAAGAUAUCUGGAGUUGCUAGUAGAGCAUUGAACCUCCUACGUCUGGCCCUGCUAUGGAGCAGGAAAGGUGGUGUGUUCAAAAGAAGACUUAUAGUGGACCUAACCAAAUACCUCAAAAACCUUCUCCAUGGCACUGAACGUGGUGCUCUCCAUUACGGAGAACGCGAGUUCUCCUUCGACGACACUCCCGUUUUCCAUGUCAAGAUGCAUCGCCCGGUAGCCUCGCGGUUCAAGUUGCCUCGCAUCCCGUGCAUAAACCCACAAGUUGAUUUCGCCCAUGAUUUUGAGUUCGAUGACGACAAUGAAACAAAAGAUUAUUGCUGUUACGAAGCGAGAAAUAGUUUUCUAAAAGGUGCAGAUGACGAUGAUGAUGAAUGUGAAGGUUGUCAAGAGAUGAUCCCAUUCGAUGAAGAAGGGAUUGAUCUCAAGGCAGAGAAGUUCAUAGCCAAGUUCUACAACCAAAUGAAGCUACAAAGACAGAGGUCAUAUAUUCAGUACAAUGAGAUGCUUAAUAGAGGUUCAGGUUGA